AUGCGCAGAAAUGAUGUGUACACCUGGGCGCGUCUGCAGUGCUGGGACUUGGUGGUGUUGCUACAGCUGGCCACUCUCUGGCUUCAGAGCGCCGGCUCCCCCUUUCCCAAAUCACUUUCUCUAUUCUUUGAAAAUGCAUUUGCAUGCACGUGGCCUCUCUGGGUCUUCGCUGCUGGCCACCUGUGCUGCUGCCUGCUGCUAGGGCUGCUGCUACUGCGAGACACCGUGCUGCAGCAGAACACCAUCACCCGCGUGCUGGUGCAUUUCUCUGAGUUGCAUGCAGUGGCUUUCUUGUUGUCUGUCGUCGCCUUCUCGCAGUGGCUGUCUGUACACCUGAACUCGCGCUUUGUGGUGUUUGUUUCGUCUGGUGUCGCCUCCUUCUUCCUCUUGAUGCUGUUUGCUGCUUUUGUCUCCAUCUGCUUCAUGGCGAACCACACGCGUUCCUUCGCCGACGAUGUUGAACAGAGAGGCCCCUCCCAGGGGGGAGGGACCUUCGUUCUGCCCUCUUCUUCCGCAGCAGCAGCAGCAGCAGCAGCAGCGGUGGGCCCCCCCCUCAUGUGCGAUAUGAAGCUCACGCUAGAACGGGUCAGCGAGCACUUCUACAGAAUCGGGGGCCCUUUGGAAGACCCUUUCCAAGCACCAGCACCUCACGACAAGGGGUACCAACACCCGGGAUGCUCCCCACCGGAGCAGGGGCCCCUUGAAGAUGGAAGUUGGCCGCUUCUGAGUGGAGAGGGUGCUGGCGACAGCAGCGCGACGCGACGGCAAGAAGACACGGAAGACCCGCAGCGCACGGAAGCAGCAGCAGGAGCAGGAGCAGCACCACUAGCAGAAGUGGCAGCAGCAGCACCAACAAGCGAAACUGUAGUCGCUGUACAGCCUGCAACGCCGACAGCUGCUGCCACCGAUGCAGCUGCUGGUGAACACGAUGGGGCUUCGCAACGGGAGGCUGAGCUCUGCAUUAUUUGCUGCAACACGGUGAGCUGCCUAAGUGGCCUUUGCCCGACCUGCCGUUGCCCCGUGAAGGGCGUGUUGGAGUUGAAGGAGGGACAGGCGAGCCAGAGACUGCAGGGAGCGCAGCUCGAGGGAGUGGUGAGGGAUGUCGCCAGCUAA